GCGGCCUACGGCCCUCCCUGAAGCCUCGGCCUCGCCUGGGCGCCUCGCCUGCCUCCCCGCUUCCCUGCCCGGCCGACGAAGGAGCAGCGCGGCCAUGGCUUCGCGCAGCGCCGGGACCCUCCUGACCCAGUACAACGCGGCCUACGUGCCGCCGGGGCUCAUGCCCGGGUGGGUCGCUGGGGGGGGCGCCAUUUGGGGAAGGGGUGGGGGGGCGGAGAGAAUGGGGGGGGCGGAUAGAGAGAAAGAAAAAGGGCUUUUUUAUGGCUUGCUUCUUCGGGGAAAGAAAAGGAAAGGGAAAAAGGCUUUGGCGCCCACAUUGCAGUCAAGGGGUUGGGCUGGAUGACCUCUGGGGGUCCCACCCAGCUCUGAGGUCCCUUAGUGUGGCAGCACAGGAACUCUGGAACUCCCUGCCACUUGAUAUUAGGCAGGCACCUUCGCUGCGCUUCAGGACAUCCUUAUUUAGUCCUCAUUGCAGUUGGGGGGCUGGGCUGGAUGACCUCUGGGGGUCCCUGGAGGUCCUUAGUGUGGCAGCACAGGAGCUUUGGAACUCCCUGCCACUUGAUAUCAGGCAGGCACCUUCGCUGUGCUUUGGUACAUCCUUGUUUAGUCUGCAUUGCAGGCAGGGGGUUGGGCUGGAUGACCUCUGGGGAUCCCGCCCAGCUCUGAGGUCCCUUAGUGUGGCAGCACAGGAACUCUGGAACUCCCUGCCACUUGAUAUCAGGCAGGUACCUUCGCUGUGCUUAAGCCCAUCCUUGUUUAGUCCGCAUUGCAGUCGGGGUUGGGCUGGAUGACCUCUGGGGGUCCCACCCAGCUCCGAGGUUCCUUAGUGUGGCAGCACAGGAACUCUGGAACUCCCUGCCACUUGAUAUCAGGCAGGCACCUUCGCUGUGCUUAAGCACAUCCUUGUUUAGUCCGCAUUGCAGUCGGGGUUGGGCUGGAUGACCUCUGGGGGUCCCUGGGGGUCCUUAGUGUGGCAGCACAGGAACUCUGGAACUCCCUGCCACUUGAUAUCAGGCAGGCACCUUCGCUGUGCUUUGGUACAUCCUUGUUUAGUCUGCAUUGCAGGCAGGGGGUUGGGCUGGAUGACCUCUGGGGGUCCCACCCAGCUCUGAGGUCCCUUAAUGUGGCAGCACAGGAACUUUGGAACUCCCUGCCACUUGAUUUCAGGCAGGCACCUUCGCUGCACUUCAGCACAUCCUUGUUUAGUCCUCAUUGCAGGGAGGGGGUUGGGCUGGAUGACCUCUGGGGGUCCCACCCAGCUCUGAGGUCCCUUAGUGUGGUAGCACAGGAACCUUGGAACUCCCUCCUUGUUUAGUCCUCAUUGCAGGGAGGGGGGUUGGGCUGAUGAGGGACCUCUGGGGGUCCCACGCAGCUCUGAGGGUCCCCUUAGUGUGGUAGCACAGGAACCUUGGAACUCCCUGCCGCUUGAUAUUAGGCAGGCACCUUCGCUGCGCUUCAGGACAUCCUUAUUUAGUCCGCAUUGCAGUCGGGGGGCUGGGCUGGAUGACCUCUGAGGGUCCCUGGGGGUCCUUAGUGUGGCAGCACAGGAACUUUGGAACUCCCUGCCACUUGAUAUCAGGCAGGCACCUUCGCUGCGCUUCAGAACAUCCGUGUUUAGUCCGCAUUGCAGUCGUGGUUGGGCUGGAUGACCUCUGGGGGUCCCGCCCAGCUCUGAGGUCCCUUAGUGUGGCAGCACAGGAACCUUGGAACUCCCUGCCGCUUCAUAUUAGGCAGGCACCUUUGCUGAGCUUCAAAACAUCAUUGUUUAUUCUGCAUCGCAGUCGGGGCUGGACUGGAUGACCUCUGGGGGUCCCGCCCAGCUCUGGGCUCAGGCAGGCACCUUUGCUGAGCUUCAAAACAUCAUUGUUUAUUCUGCAUUGCAGUUAGAGGGUUGGCUGGAUGACCUCUGAGGGUCCCGCCCAGCCUUGUGGUUCCUUAGUGUGGCAGCACAGGAACUUUGGAACUCCCUGCCACUUGAUAUCAGGCAGGCACCUUGGCUGCGCUUUGGCACAUCCUUGUUUAGUCCGCAUUGUAGUCGGGGUUGGGCUGGAUUACCUCUGGGGAUCCCGCCCAGCUCUGGGGUCCCUUAAUGUGGCAGCACAGGAACUUUGGAACUCCCUGACACUUGAUAUCAGACAGGCACAAUAACGUACAUAUUUUCAAAAAAACAGUAUCUUUUGAGGAGUUCAGCCAUUUGGAAUAUCGGCAACAGUCCCUUCUGGGUGCCCAGCCGUUCUUAGUUUGCCCCUCGUUGCCCCUUCCUUAGGGAGAAAGAUCCUUUCCCCAGGCAUAGAAAUUGUCUGUUAUGGCAUUGAUCCGAUUGCCGCACUGGAAGCGGCGCUUUCUUUCGAUUCUGCAUCAUUACUUGUGAUUGUUGUGGCGGUGAUUGCAAAGUGCUGCACUUACUAGGAGAGCUGGGGGAGUGAUUUUUCCAAAAAAAGAUAAUGGCAAUUGUUUGGGCUCUUCUUCCCCAGUUUCGCUCACCUUCCACCUUUCCCCCCCUCCAGGUAUCGCGGCCAUAUCCCCAACGUGGCCUUUUCCUUUGGGGAUACCUAUGGCAACACCACCAUGAAGUACUUCCAAGAUUUCCGAAGUGCCGCCAUGGAAACCUGCGGCGGGCCCUACAGCAAAGGGGGCCAGUUCCCCACCCUCUUCUCUCCUGACCCCGGCCUGGUGAUUGGGGCGAGGGCCAGGGGGUGGGACCGCUGGCUGCACACCCCCAACUACACUCGCUUCAAUUUGGAUAUCAACCGCACAGCGGAACUGAAGGAGUUCUACAAGGUAAGGCAGGAGGUCUGGACCCGCCGUCACCCCAUGUGGCCAUUGAACCCACACCGGAAACCAUAGCAUUGUAGGGUUGGGGGGGAAUCUUUUGCCCAGCGUGGGACUCAAACCCACAGCCCCGAGAUUCAGAGUCUCAUGCUCUGCUUGUCACAGAGGAUUCUGGUUCUUGGUUAUGUGGUUGAUUGUUCAGACCAUGAGUUUUAUUAACAAUUUCGAGCUACAAUAGAUCUAACACAGAACAACACUCAGAAGCGAAGUACAGCAGAGGAGCAUACAAUACAUAAUCCACAGAAGAAUCACUAAACUAGCAAGACAUCACAUGAAAGCAGAAAAUAAGAAACAAACACAGUUACAAACAAUAUCACCUUUCUGCACUUUCGCUUAUUGUAAGGCAUUUACGUUAUUUUCUGGACCUGGCCUCAUACCUCCCUCUUUUAAGGGUGAAGAUUACACACGUACACAAAUUGUAACUUGUCCAUGCAAUUUAUUUCUACGAGGUAUUUAAUCCCAAUCUUUAAUCUUAAUAUAAUAGUAGCAUUAAAAUUUUACCUCUUAUAAUGACCAAAUUUCCAGUUUCUCUUAAACGGGUCCAAGUGGCUCUUUUUGUCUUAAAGGUUGCAGACCCCUGGGCCAGGCCUUUUGCCCUCCCGUUUCACCCGCAGUGAACUGAGACUGUGCCCUGGAAUACACCCCACACUCUUGCAGGGAACAUUGCCUGUGGCAGGCAGGUCCUCAUUUGGGGAAGAUUGGCUGUGCCGAUCAGAUAUCUCCAUGGAUUUAUUCACGUUUUAUACUGCAUUUUAAGCUGCUUUUUGUUGCAUCAAUUAAGUGUUUUAAAUUUGUUGUUAGCCACCGUGAGCCCGGUUUUCUGAACCGGGAAGGGCGGGGUAUAAAUAUUAUUAUUAUUAUUAUUAUUAUGGAACCCCUGAUAAGAUUCCGAGGGAUUUCUACCCAGGGUCCCCUGCAAACUCACUUUGCAAACGGCGUGACCAGCUGAUCCACUCGGAUCACUUAAGAAUCCCCAAAGGAAAAGGCCACGUUGGGGAUAUGGCCGCGAUACCUGGAGGGGGGGAAAGGUGGAAGGUGAGCGAAACUGGGGAAGAAGAGCCCAAACAGGUGGGUGACACCUGGCUUGAGAGCAGUACAUGUGAAAAGGAUCUAGGAGUCUUGGUUGACCACAAACUUGACAUGAGCCAACAGUGUGACGUGGCAGCUAAAAAAGCCAAUGCAAUUCUGGGCCUCAUCAAUAGGAGUAUAGCAUCUAGAUCAAGGGAAGUAAUAGUGCCACUGUAUUCUGCUCUGGUCAGACCUCACCUGGAGUACUGUGUCCAGUUCUGGGCACCACAGUUCAAGAAGGACACUGACAAACUGGAACAUGUCCAGAGGAGGGCAACCAAAAUGGUCAAAGGCCUGGAAACGAUGCCUUAUGAGGAACGGCUAAGAGAGCUGGGCAUGUUUAGCCUGGAGAAGAGGAGGUUAAGGGGUGAUAUGAUAGCCAUGUUCAAAUAUAUAAAAGGAUGUCACAUAGAGGAGGGAGAAAGGUUGUUUUCGGCUGCUGCAGAGAAGCGGACACGGAGCAAUGGAUCCAAACUACAAGAAAGAAGAUUCCACCUAAACAUUAGGAAGAACUUCCUGACAGUAAGAGCUGUUCGACAGUGGAAUUUGCUGCCAAGGAGUGUGGUGGAGUCUCCUUCUUUGGAGGUCUUUAAGCAGAGGCUUGACAACCAUACGUCAGGAGUGCUCUGAUGGUGUUUCCUGCUUGGCAGGGGGUUGGACUCGAUGGCCCUUGUGGUCUCUUCCAGCUCUAUGAUUCUAUGAUUCUAUGAUUCUAUAAGAACGCAAGAAGAGCCCCGCUGGAUCAGGCCCAGGAGCCACCCAGGCCAGCAUCCUCUUUGCCAUUGGCACCCCCUGGAGGCCAACAAGCCACCCUCCCUGACUAUGGGCUCAUCCACACUUUUGCCCUGCGCUUUCUAGGCACAUGUCUGCGCUUUAAAGAUCUGUCUCCAACCGCUUGUUUGUGUGUGUUUUUGCCCCGGCACCCUCCCCGCAAAAACCCAUUCUUUAACGCUGCACCGAAACAAGCAGCACUUCGGAAUUUUCUGCAGGUUGCUGUUUGCUCUAAUUCAGCAGCGAAGAGUGGGUUUUCAUAGGGAAAACACGGGGGCAUUUAAAAAAAAAGUACUUUAAAGCGCACACCUGUGGCUAGAGAAACGCAACCCAAAAAGAAGUCCCGCUGAGCCCUCUCUCUUGCUUGUAGCUCCUUGUCGUUUCAUGUUUGCAAAGGAAUCAGCAGCAACAGAAGGGCUGCGUCUUGGCUGUGCAGCGAGCGCGAGGGCGUGUGGGUGGUCCUGGUGGAUUUGUGGAAAGUCUGGUGGUGGAUCGUGCCGCCUUCUGGAAUCCAGGAGCCAGACACCCCUCCCUCCCUCUCUGCCGUGCCAAGCUCAAGUUCAUUAUCUCUGUCUCUCGAACCCGGAGCAGAGUCUCUUUCUCCUUUCCCCAGCGUUAAGCAAGUCCACGGCAGUUACGCAAGCUAUAAAUAAUGAAGAGUGGGCAGCCAGAAUUAAUGAGCUGAGAACAGACACUAUUUAUUCAGAUCCUCCUUUUAUUUGUCGGAGCUGGUCUGGAUAGGUAGGUGGGGAAGUGGAUCCAGCCAGGCUGGGCCAGAACCUUAUUUCCACUCUAUAAUUCCGAGUUUGAUAGGUGGGCGGCCUGCCUGUCAGUCACCUGAUGUCACAACGACCUCAUUGCACAGUUUGGGAGUGAUGGUCUCUCCUCCUGCUCAGCAUCUGGGAUGAACAAUUAAAUGGGGCCUUGGAAAGUGGUGAUUUUGACUGGAGUAGGUAGGGGUACUUUCCUUGCAGGCUGUAUCUCCUUCUGCCAAUCACCCAGUGCCAAAUUUACGUAUAAGCUAAACAAGCUAUAGCUUAGGGCCCCACUUUCUUGGCCCCCCCCCCAAAAAAAAUAUUAAAGGGAAAAAAACACCUAGAUGUGCAUUUCCAAAAUACAAGAUAAGUACAACAAUUACUUUGAUAAAAUACAUAUUUUGUUAUGUGCAAGUGGCUUUAGAUAACUAUUAGGUCCAUAAAUUACCAUAUAGCAUACAGUAAUACCUCUGGUUCCGGAGUCCCGUUCGCAUCCAGAAGUGAAUGCAACCCGCGUCUGCGCAUGCGUGGGUUGCUUUUCGCCGCUUCCGCACAUGCGUGUGACGUCAUUUGGAGCGCCUGCGCCUGCGCGAGCGGCGAAACCCGGAAGUAAUGCACUCCGUUUCUUCCGGGUCGCUGCAGCGCGCAACCCGAAAAUACUUAUCCCAGAGCUACUUCAACACAAAAACAGUGGCAAUUUGUUAUUGACAAAGGACAGCUGGACAUACAAAGGGCCCCAUUACCUUCAGGAGCAUAUCUAUCCUUUGUAGCCGAGACAUGCUUUUCAAGGGUGCCCCCUCCCCUUUCCCCUUAACCCCCCCAACCCUUUUUUUUGCAGAAUUACAGGUGGUGGACAUUGAAAAUUCCCAUGUCCGUUUUGCCUUUCUGAUAUAUAGGGCCAUCCCGGUGUACUGUUAGGAGUUUGAAGGGGGGAGGCAGGCUGUAUGCUGAGCCAGGCCAGCUUCCUGAUGAGGUGAUUGCCUGGGUGAUGGGCCAUUAAGGGGAACAAAGGAAAGGGGCUCUGUGCGAGACAGCAAAGGGGUGGCCACUUGCAGUUAGUUAGAAGGACAAAGCCAGGGUUCAGAGUUGCAGUGGUGAGGCGGAAACAGCAAGUUGGAGAGAGUGUCCAGUAUAUCUGAAGGAGCGUCUCUACCCCCAUCGUUCUGCCCGGACACUGAAGUCCAGUGCCGAGACCCUUCUGGCGGUUCCCUCACUGCGAGAAGCCAAGUUACAGGGAAUCGGGCAGAGGGCCUUUUUGGUGGUGGCACCCUCCCAACACAUGUCAAAGAGAAGAACAACUACCAGACUUUUAGAAGACAUCUGAAGGCAGCCCUGUUUAGGGAAGCUUUUAAUGUUUGAUGCAUUACUGUAUUUUAAUAUUUUGUUGGAAGCCGCCCAGAGUGACUGGGGAAGCCCAGCCAGAUGGGCGGGGUAUAAAUUAUUAUUAUUAUUAUUAUUAUUAUUAUUAUUAUUAUUAUUAUUUUAUUAUAGUGUCAGAGUAACGUUUGAAUCCAAGGCCUCAGCUAUGAGAGAAACAAGACCCUUUUGCAGUGUUAAUGCUGUGAGCCCCUCCAUCGUAGGCUCAGGUUGUUGUUGUUGUUUAGUUGUUAAUCGUGUCCGCCUCUUCGUGACCCGCUGGACCAGAGCACGCCAGGCCCUCCCGUCUUCCACUGCCUCCUGCAGUUUGGUCAAACUCAUGCUGGCAGCUUCGAGAACACUGUCCAACCAUCUCGUCCUCUGCCGUCCCCUUCUCCUUGUGCCCUCCAUCUUUCCCAGCAUCAGGGUAUUUUCCAGGGAGUCUUCUCUUCUCAUGAGGUGGCCAGAGUACAGUGGUACCUCAGGUUAAGUACUUAAUUCGUUCCGGAGGUCCGUUCUUAACCUGAAACUGUUCUGAACCUGAAGCACCACUUUACCUAAUGGGGCCUCCUGCUGCUGCUGCGCCGCUGCUGCACGAUUUCUGUUCUCAUCCUGAAGCAAAGUUCUUAACCUGAAGCACUAUUUCUGGGUUAGCGGAGUCUGUAACCUGAAGCGUAUGUAACCUGAGAUACCACUGUAUUGGAGCCUCAGCUUCAGGAUCUGUCCUUCCAGUGAGCACUCAGGGCUGAUUUCCUUCAGAAUGGAGAGGUUUGAUCUUCUUGCAGUCCAUGGGACUCUCAAGAGCCUUCUCAGGUUGUAGUUAUGUGCAAAUAAACCAUAGAUCUUAAAGGCACCAAAGUCUCCGCUGCGCCUCAUUCCAAAAGGAAUCACAAGCUCCUGGAAUCUCACUCCGCUCGGAGCCUGGGGUGGCGUGCAACUGCGCAUUUCCUAUUCUGCUUCAGUCGCUCACCUGCUUCACAUUUCCCUCCCUUGUGUGCACAAAUCCAUUUACUCCAUCCACCUGAAAUGCAGUGCUGCUUCCUUCUCUUUCUCUCACACACUCCCUAACAGCUCGGUCGGGUGCCAGCAGGUUUUUUCCACAAAUUCACAGCCACCAGAAUGCCCCCUAACACCUCAGCAGCAGGGCUCAUUUCUGUCUGCUGAAGCCAAAUUCUCAAUUGCAAAGGAAGCUUCAAAAGACCACAGAGGGUGUUGUUGCCAGCAGCCUUUCCCCCCUUUCUUAGAGCAAAUCAGAAAACAUCUGGUUUUUCCUUUGAUUUUUAGUGCAUCUGCAUGCUCUUGUGUUUUAACGGACUAUCUCAUUUGUCCGUGACGCGGCGGAUUAUGCAAAGCUGGCUUUGCCUGCGGGAAAAGAUGGGGGAGCAGAAAGGAAGCAAACCUUGCUGUCUAGUUGAUGCCCACCUAGCCUAAAAAGAGGACCACCUGUCUGCUCGCUGACAGACUACCCUGUGCCACCCGUGUCCUGGCUGACCACACCACAGGCGCAUCGCUCAGGAGCCCACCGGUCUUGGGUCUGGCUGCCUGGAAUAAGCAAAGAAGGAUAGAAAAGAGGAUUAGACAAAUUCAUACAAGAGAGGACUAUCAAUGGAUGUUAGCCAUGAUGACUAUGCGCUGCCUCCACAGUCAGAGGCAGUCACGCUUCUGAGUAGCAGUUGCUGGAAAUUGCAGGAGGAGAAAGGGCUGUCCUGAUGGACUAUAUGGAACUGGCGGAAAUGACUGGCAGAAUCCUAGACCAGGGAGAAGAGUCGGUGGAAGAAGAUUGGAAGAAAUUUAAAGACCAUCUACAGAAAUACUGCAAAAUUAACGAAUGUUAGAAUGAUGUCAGAAUGAAGUUAAGUGGUUUUAGCAGCAGUGUUAUAAAGGUGUAUGUAAAAAUGGAUUGUUAACAGGUGAGAAUCCAAAGUUAUAAUAUAUUAAGUUAAAGGGUUAAGACAAAAACAAAGAGGGAAAGGAAUUGCUGAAUUAACUAAUAGAACUGGAAUACAAAAAAGGGAAGUGUGAGGAGGUCAGGGAAGCAAGGAAAUGAAAUGUGUUUUUUAAAGUGUUUUUUAUCUUUUUUCUGUAUUGUUUCUUUUUUAUUUCUUUCUUUUCUUCUUUUCUUUUUAUCUAUGUAAUUUUUUCUUUGAAACUUUAAUAAAUAUCAUUUUAAUAAAAGAGAGAGAGAAAGGGCUCUCCUGUUUGGAUCCUGUAUGUGGGUUUUUGCAGGAACCUGGCUGGCCACUGCGAGAACAGGGUGCUGGACUAGAUCCCCCUGGGGCCUGAUCCAGCAAGCUCUUCUUAAAGGAAGGAAGGCGCUGUUGUUCCACGGUGCAGGACUGAUGACAGGCUGUGCGGGAUUGCUUCAGAUGGCCCAACCAAGAGAGUGUGUCAAGCACUCGGUCCAGUAUCCCUGAAGGAGCAUCUCCACCCCCAUCGUUCAGACCGGACACUGAGGUCCAGUGCUGAGGGCCUUCUGGCGGUUUCCUUGCUGCGAGAAGCCAAGUUAUAAGGAACCAGGCAGAGGGCCUUCUCGGUGGUGGCACCCGCCCUGUGGAACGCCCUCCCACCAGAUGUCAAAGAGAACAACAACAACCAGACUUUUAGAAGACAUCUGAAGGCAGCCCUGUUCAGGGAAGUUUUUAAUGUUUGAAGUUUUAUUCUGUUUUUAGUGUUCCGUUGGAAGCCACCCAGAGUGGCUGGGGAAACCCAUCCAGGUGGGUGGGUUAUAAAUAAUAAAUUCUUAUUCUUAUUCUUAUUCUUAUUAGCAAAUGCUUGGGCAAGGAAAUGGGACCAUGCAGUCUCUGCUAGAUUUUUAUCCCAUCUUUCCUCCAAAGAACAGAAAGCAACAUUCACUGGUUUAUUUUUCCUCCUCUUUUUAUUAUGCAUUUUGUAUUUGUUAUAUUGCACUUUAAUGUUGUGAACCACCCUGAGAUCUAUGGAUGAAGGGUGGUGGAAUAAUAAGAAGAAGAAGAAUUAAUAAUAAUAAUAAUAAUGGCCUCCACCUGUCUUCAAUUCUCUCUUUAAUCCCGCGAGGCAGAAUCGGCUGGGAAGCAGUGAUUUCCCAAGGCCACUCAGUAGGGAGUUUUGCUUCCCGUUGCAGGGAUUUGAACCCGGGUUUCCCUGGUUUUAAGUGCAAUGCACCAACCCAGCCUUCCCCAAUGCCUGUGCUGUUCAGAUGUUUAGGACUACAUCUCCCAUCAGCCCCAGCCACCACGGUAGCCAGCCCUCCUUUCCAAAAGCUAUAGUGAGGACCACAAAUGGACGUAAAAUCAAUCCGUCAAGGCUAUCUUAAAGAUUAUAUUCCCCCGUACAAACCCGCCGAGGCUCUGAGAUCUUCGGGGGGGGGGGGCCUUCUGCCUGUCCUGCCACCCUCACAGGGGUGCUUGCUGGUGACAAAGGAAAAUCGUGGGAACAGUAGGUUUCCCAGGUUCAGAUCCAGGUUCAGGCCUGGAAACGAUGCCUUAUGAGGAACGGCUAAGGGAGCUGGGCAUGUUUAGCCUGGAGAAGAGGAGGUUAAGGGGUGAUAUGAUAGCCAUGUUCAAAUAUAGAAAAGGAUGUCACAUAGAGGAGGGAGAAAGGUUGUUUUCUGCUGCUCCAGAGAAGCGGACACGGAGCAAUGGAUCCAAACUACAAGAAAGAAGAUUCCACCUAAACAUUAGGAAGAACUUCCUGACAGUAAGAGCUGUUCGACAGUGGAAUUUGCUGCCAAGGAGUGUGGUGGAGUCUCCUUCUUUGGAGGUCUUUAAGCAGAGGCUUGACAACCAUAUGUCAGGAGUGCUCUGGUGGUGUUUCCUGCUUGGCAGGGGGUUGGACUCGAUGGCCCUUGUGGUCUCUUCCAACUCUAUGAUUCUAUGAUUCUAAGAUCUGUAGACACAAGCAAAAGACUUCAGCUGGUGGGUGGAAGCAAAACAGGAGGCCUGAUCGUUUCUUGUUGCAACGAGACUUCAAGCUGCCACGUGAGAUGAAGCAGAAAGUCCAGAACAACGGUUACAUCAAGUUUCAAAGUCCCCCAAAGUUCCCCACAAUACAUUUCAAGAAGUGUCACAAAACCUCCUGCCGUAUUUCCCUAUAACGGGAGAUGCAGGACAGAGCCUUUUUGGUAGCUGCCCUCAGCUUUGAAACUCCCUGCCUAGAGAAGAUAGACCGACUCACCAGCAAAGUGAAGAUUGUUUCCUUCCGACAGGAAUUUGGGAACUGGCUGCUUUUGAGGAAAGUGCUGCAAUGCUUCAGUUGUUGUUGUCUUGCCUUUCAUGGAUUUUUCAUACUACUUUAAUUCUAUUAGUGUUUAAUUACAUUUUAAUCAUGGUCUCUUCCAUGUUUUUCCCUUGUUCUCUUUUAUCUGUGUCAGCCGCCACGAGUUCCAGACUAGGGAAACGGCUGGAUAUAAAUAAAUAUAAUAAUUAUCCAAAGCAAAAUUAUUCCUUUGGCUUGGAAUCAAUUUGAUUCCCUCCCCCUCUUUCUUUUCUCCUUUCUCCUCCUGUGAUGGAACUCCUAUUUGGGGGCUUCCCUGGCUUUUUUCUGGCCCAUGUAGGACCAGCCUUGGUGAAGACUUGACGUUUUUAUCCCCAAAAAAGUUUUUGAUUGAGUUUCCACUGAAAUGAGGCUGCAUUGUAAUGUUUUAAUGUUGUAUUUUAAUCAUGUUUUUUAAGCUGUAUUUCAAUCAGUCGUUUUUAUAUUUGGUGUUAGCCGCCCUGAGCCCAGUCUUGGCUGGGGAGGGCAGGGUAUAAAUAAAAUUUUAUUAUUGUUAUUGUUAUCCUGGUUGCAGCUCCAGGUACCUUGAUGCAGCUUAAUUCUGUCUCUCGCCCGUGGUCUGACCCUUAUACCCCUUGAGGUUGAAUCCUGACAAGACAGAAGUUCUGUUUUGGGGGGACAGGAGGCGGGUGGGUGUGAGGGAUUCCCUGGUCCUGAACAGGGUAACUGUGCCCCUGAAGGACCAGGUGCGCAGCCUGGGAGUCAUUUUGGACUCACAGCUGUCCAUGAAGGUCCAGGUCAAUUCUGGGUACAGGGCGGCUGUCUACCAGCUCCACCUGGUAUGCAGAAUGAGACCCUCCCUGCCUGCGGACUGUCUUGCCAGAGUGGUGCAUGCUCUGAUUAUCUCUCGCUUGGACUACUGCAAUGCGCUCUACGUGGGGCUACCUUUGAAGGUGACCCGGAAACUGCAAUUAAUCCAGAAUGUGGCAGCUAGACUGGUGACUGGGAGUGGCUGCCGGGACCACAUAACACUGGUUCUGAGAGAUCUGUAUUGGCUCCCAGUACGUUUCCGAGCACAAUUCAAAGUGUUGGUGUUGACCUUUAAAGCCCUAAAUGGCCUCGGUCCUGUUUACCUGAAGGAGCAUCUUCACCUCCAUCGUUCAGCCCAGACACUGAGGUCCAGCGCCGAGGGCCUUCUGGCGGUUCCCUGUUUGCGAGAAGUGAGGUUACAGGGAACCAGGCAGAGGGCCUUCUCGGUAGUGGCGCCCACCCUGUGGAACACCCUCCCUUUAGAUGUGAAGGAAAUAAGCAGCUAUCCUAUCUUUAAAAGACAUCUGAAGGCUGUUCAUGGAAGUUUUUAAUAUUUAACACUGUAUUGUUUUUAACACUUGAUUGGGUAAACUCAGCCAGAUGGGCGGGGUAUAAAUAAAUCAUCAUCAUCAUCAUCAUCAUCAUCAUAACCUGUUGGUGUUUCACCUGCAGCUCGCUCAGAUGCAUCGCGAGCAUUACAUGGACAAGACCGGGACGGUGCACCGCGUUCCGUAUUUCGUGAUCCCCGUGAAGGAGAAGGACAAGUACCCUCACCCUCUCGACCUGUGAGUCUAGUGGGCAAGAGUCAGGGUGGCUUGGGGAGGCCUCUGUUUACCACCAUACGCUCAUAUAAGGGAACCCUUUUGCGUAGCUCAGGUGAUUUCCUUUGGGGAAAAAAGGGUGUUCUAGGUUCACAUACGACCUAACUUCCACUGAAACGGAGGUUUCUCAGAGGAUGUAAACAGCGUCAUGGAAUUUCUACUCAGUAGUGAUCCACAGCCAAACUCCAGUGCAUAGUUAGCAGAGCAAAAACUUAAGCACUUUGCAGGAUUUCCCAAAAAUAGACCAGAGGCCAUUGUAUUUCAUCCAGCAGAGCUUUACUGCUGCUAAAGGCAAAUGAACAUAAUGGUCACAAAUCCAAUACAUUCAGGAUUGGCACUGUCCAUAAGAAAUCCGGUUGCAGCAGACUUAAACUUACAAUAACUUAUAAUAAGUCUAAACCUUGACACUAAGCAUACUGUGUACAGAACACCACACCAGAAGGAAGAGAGAUAGAGAAAGUGAAACCCGGGCUCCUUCUGGCCUCGCUACAGUGGUACCUGUGGUUGCGAAAGGGAUUCGUUCCAGAGGCCUGUUCGCAACAUGAAAAGAGCGCAACCCGUAGCGGCGUAUCUGUGCAUGCGCGGGUUGCAAUUCGCCGCUUCUGCGCAUGCACGUGACGACAUUUUGUGCUUCUGCGCAUGCAUGAGUGGCGAAACCCGGAAGUAACCCUUUCCGGUACUUACGGGACGUAAUCUGAAAGAACGUAACAUGAAGCGAACAUAACAUGAGGUAUGACUGUAUUAUAGUCAGCAUGUCCUUGACAGAAGAGAUAGCAGGACCAGUUUAAGGCAGCUGUACUCAUCUUCUCGGAAGGAAUAACCCAAACGUCAGGAAACCUCCUGCUUGUUUCUUACACACAGAGAAGCUUCCAGAACCCUCUUGAAUCAAUUAGAUUAAGAAAGAUCUCUGCACAUCAGAUCCAUACUUUCUGCACUAAGAAAUGCAAACCAACAGAUCAACAAAAGCCCGUCAGGGCUGGCCCAGAACCCUGUAGUCUUACUGAACCUCUUUCACAAAAGGAUCCUUCCGGCUGAGAUCAGCUGGAAGCAGGCACUCCUUACCCCCCGGCACUGCUUAAUACACCUGCAAAUGUCUGGUUCGAAUCCUGCCACCUCUCAUGGGAGGAGCCAACUCCUUGAGAGGCUUUCAUGUGUGGGGAGGAAGCGAUGGGGGUCCCUAUUUUCAUUUUGGAAGCAGGGUGUUUUGUUCCAUUUCAUUUUUUGCUGUUGUCCAUGUUUGGAAUGUAAUUUUGUUCUUCGUUUCGCCAUAGGUCUUGAUCCCUCUUACCUCUUUUCAAAAAGCAAAACGUCCUACGGCCCUCCCGCCCACCCUGAAUUCUUCCCUCUGAUCUCCAGGAAGACCCUCCCCUUCUCCCCACAUCUCCUGUCCUCCCUCGAGGUUGCUGCUUAACCCUGGUCUGGAUCUCUCCAACGGAGAAAUGGCGGCUUUCCGUCAGUGGUGGAUGAAGCAACCCGGAGCUUCCCAGAGAUGUUUAGUCUUGGAAACCAUGGAGGGGCAAUGUGUGCGCCUGUGUGAGUGUGUGUAUGAGAGAGAGGCAGAUUAAUUAGGAGAAGAGAAGGCUGAUAAAAAAAAAUAGUGCAUAAAGAUUCGCAUAGGGGCAGGGAGUCAUAGGAGUGCAGCCUGGAACACAGGAUCUGUCUGGAGAGAGCUGGCAGGAAAUCACACUGUUCAAGUGGGAGUUAGCUCUUUAUUAGCAAGAACAUGAUCUGACUUGGCUGAGUGACAGGCCUAAUGACUAUAGCAGCUCCUCCCUGGUAGGUCUUGCCCCAUGGAUCAGUUGCCGAGACUGAAAGUCCCUGUCCUCUCCAGGGUUCCCCCCCAAGCAAUCGGAGACUGUGCCUGCGUGAAGCUGACUUCUCCGCCCUCUUCAUACCGCUUCUGGUUCUGGGAGAGAAGCGGGAAGGAGAGCCUGUCGCAGCAGGAGGGGGAGACCCCCGCGACUCUUCACCAGCCUGACUCAUCUCUGCUUCUCGGCCUCCCUCUUCUGCUUCAUCUUCUGCCGCUGAUUCCGGACUUCUGUCUGCCACAGACUCCCCCAGCUCACUAAGCCCUGUUGCCUCUCCAGCUUCCAACACCUCCUCUUCCAGCCUUCUCUUCCUUCUUCCUCUAACCACCCAUCAUUUCCCAGCUGAUUCCUCCAACUGUUCCUCUGCAUCCAACCAGUCCUUGACAGAAUCAUGGAAUUGUAGAAUUGGAAGGGACCUUCAGGGGCCAUCUAGUCCAACCCCCUGCAAUGCAGGAAUCGCAACCAAAGCAUCUGUAUGAAGCUACGUUACUCUGAGCUGGGCCAUCAGCUCAGCUACAUCUUACCUCCUCCGACAGGCAGCAGGCCUCCAGGGUCUCGGGCAGGGCAAAAUCUCUCUUAAGCCCUGUGGGACCUUCUGCAUGUACAGCAGGUGUCCUGUCCCUGAGCUGAGAUCCUUUCCCUCUGCAUCUCAUGCCACUUAUUCAAGCGUCACGAUCUGGGCUCACCGACCUAGAAUAACUCCAUCCUCUUGGUUCUGUGCACACAAUCAUUGAAGCAGAAUGGGAUUCCCCUUUCGCCAAAGCAAUGAACUGAAACGGAGAAAUCCCGCCUCUCGCCUUGUGCUUAAAAGGUGUUAAUGGACGUCGCUGUGGUCUAAACCACAGAGCCUAGGACUUGCCAAUCAGAAGGUAGGCGGUUUGAAUCCCUGCGAUGGGGUGAGCUCCCGUUGCUUGGUCCCUGCUCCUGCCAACCUAGCAGUUCGAAAGCACGUCAAAGUGCAAGUAGAUAAAUAGGUACCGCUCAGGCGGGAAGGUAAACGGCAUUUCCGUGCGUUGCUCUGGUUCGCCAGAAGCGGCUUAGUCCUGCUGGCCACAUGACCUGGAAGCUGUACGCUGGCUCCCUCGGCCAGUAAAGCGAGAUGAGCGCCGCAACCCCAGAGUCGCCCACGACUGGACCUAAUGGUCAGGGUUCCCCUUUACCUUUAACCCACCUUACUUGAUCUUAAGUAGGUGGCCUUUUAGAUUAAAACGAGCCGGUUCAUGGGUUCUAGCUCAACUCCCUCAACACACAAUGCUGGCUUUCCUGAAAAACUUUCUGACACUUUAUUUUAUUCACACACACACACACACACACACACACACACACACACACACACACACACACACACCCCCAUUCAAAUGCCCCCACAUUUAAUCCCUUGAGCUCAGAGGGUGAUGGAUCUGUGGUUCUGGCGCUUGUCCAGUUGUCCGUGUUUCCUUUGGAAUGAGGCACAGCAGAGACUGUAGGAUAUAUAGUUAUCUCCUGCUUGGACUACUGCAAUGCGCUCUACAUGGGGCUACCUUUGAAGGUGACCCAGAAACUACAACUAAUCCAGAAUGCGGCAGCUAGACUGGUGACUGGGAGCGGCUGCUGAGACCACAUAACACCGGUCUUGAAAGACCUACAUUGGCUCCCAGUACGUUUCUGAGCACAAUUCAAAGUGUUGCUGCUGACCUUUAAAGCCCUAAAUGGCCUCGGUCCAGUAACCCUGAACAAGCAUCUCCACCCCCAUCAUUCUACCCGGACACUGAGGUCCAGCUCCGAGGGCCUUCUGGCGGUUCCCUCCCUGUGAGAAGCAAAGCUACAGGGAACCAGGCAGAGGGCCUUCUUGGUAGUGGCGCCCGCCCUGUAGAACGCCCUCCCUUCAGAUGUCAAAGAGAUAAACAACUACCUGACAUUUAGAAGGCAUCUGAAGGCAGCCCUGUUUAGGGAAGCUUUCAAUGUGUGACAUUUUAAUGUACUUUUAAUCUUUGUUGGAAGUUGCCCAGAGUGGCUGGGGAGACCCAGCCAGAUGGGUGGGGUACAAAUAAUAAAUUAGUAUUAUUAGGCUUAUUUACACAUGUAUACAACCUGAGGCUAUGAUGGAAGGGCUCCCAGAAUUCACACCUCAGGGAGGUCUUGCUUCUCUCGUGGACACAGCCUUGGAUUUCAGCAGAAAUCAAGCACGGCUCUGUCUGUCUUGGUUUGCAGCCUGGUGCUUCGCUUCUCUCUCACAUCACUUCAGACCCUCUGCUCUCAACUCUGGCUUGGUCUUUCCAGUGGCUUCCCCCAUUUGCCAUCUCGCAUAGAGCCCCUUCCUUUGUUCCUCUUAAUGGCCCAUCAUCUCACCGGGAAGCUAGCUUGACUUAUUCUAGGAAUCAGAAGGGAGCCUAGGCUUUCAGCCUAACCCCCUGCCCCAUAAACUCAUAACACUGUGGAUCUGGGAGUCCCACACUUUCUCAUCUUGCUUCUGUUUGCAGCAGGGAACAGGGUCUUCUCUCCUAGAAAAUGUAGUUCGGCUCUCAGCUGUGUGUUGUGCUCCAAUGCAUCAUUCGAAGGCAGCAUUUACGGUUUUUAUUGCAAUUGUAUCUUUGUAAUUCAUUGUGAAUGUAAUCUGAUUAAAAUUACGGUGUGGUUUUGUUGUACCCACUGGGAGUGGGCGGGCGAACAGUUGUAGGAGAACAGCCGUAGGUGGUGUGCAAGUCUUUUGAGCUAGCAAGUAAAGAUUCCCUGGUCGAUAUGAAGAAAUGUCCACGUCUCUUUGAUGAGGCUUCUUGCUCUCAGGACACUCUCCUCAUUUGUAUUUGUUGUUCAUUCCUCUCUGAGACGAUAGUCUGUUCCCUGAACUCUCGUGCGGGUCAUUUUCAUUCAUAACCUGAAGCUGAUUCAUGUAAGUCUAAAGGAAUUACAAAAGCCUGUUUAAAAAUCCAUUCCCCCUCCUGCUCCUGGCUUAUCUCCUUGCACUGCUUUGAAUAAAGCUCACCAGCUUUUGCCAGCAAAACCUUCCAUAUUUCUGUGUGUCCUUAUUUAAGGAGGGUGGCCUGAAAAGACCCAAGUGGGGGGCGAUCCUGCGCGAACAGCAAAGCAAGCAGUGAAGACCUCUGGCCUUGGCGCUUGCCCUGAGCCCUUCGGCGUUCUCCAUGUGUUAAAUGCUCUGUGAAAGUGGCCUUUGUCCUCCACUCAGUGCAUAGUGGAACAGUGGAACUCUCUGCCACAGGAGACAGUGAUGGCCACUGUUAUGUACUGAGUUGAAUAGGAUCCAAAAUGCAGCAGUCUGAUUGGUCCUAGAACAAUAGGAUUGAGAAUGCAGCAGUCUGAUUGGUCCACAGGAGCCACCCAAUCCAACUCCAUGUGGAAGUGAAUCCGCAACCUGAUUGGCCUACAGGAGAAUCCCAGAAUUAGCCAAUCACGUGGGGCCCAUUGUGUAAAUAAUGUAUAUAAAGCAGAUACUUUGAGGGGACUUUCAUUCCUCCUCACCACUAUGAGCUGAAUAAAGAGCAUGAAAUCCACUCUCGACUCCGAGUAUAUUUCAGCCACCAACUUAGAUGGCAUUAGAAAAGCAUUAGGCAAAACCAUGGAGGAGAAGAGCGCUACCAAUGGCUACUACCUUUGAUGGCUCUGCUCUGCCUCCAUAGUUGCAGAUAGCAAUGCUUCUGAAUCUCGGUUAAUAAUAAUAAUAAUAAUAAUAAUAAUAAAUUUUAUUUAUACCCUGCUCUCCCCAGCCAAGACCGGGCUCAGGGCGGCUAACACCAGAUAUAAAAACAAUUAAUUGAAAUACAACUUAAAAAAACAAGAUUAAAAUACAACAUUAAAAUGCAGCCUCAUUUCAGCAGAAACUCAAAAACUUGUUUGGGGAUGAAAACGUCAAGUCUUCACCAAGGCUAACUAUCCAGACUGGUCCUACAUGGGCCAGAAAAAAGCCAGGGAAGUCCCCAAGUAGGAGUUCCAUCACAGAAGGAGAAAGGGAAAAAGAAAGCGAUUGCUACGCGCCCCUGGCGCUAUGUCCCGUUGCCGUCGCAGCUUUGCAAGGUUGUUUUCCCUGCAUCAGCAUCGGAGGGUGGGAAGGGGGGAGGUUCAGCGGACUGUUUGGCUAUCGAUUUUGUUCCAUAAAGCUGAACAGCUAUGGUAACAACAACACCCCCCCCCCAAAAAAGCUGAACAACUAUGGGCAAUGACAAAGGGUAGAUCACUGCCAGUUUUAUUAUACUGGGAGCAGAUCGCAGUCGCUAGAGAGUUGGGCGUGCCUGAUCUCAUCCAGCCCCUUGCAACGCAGGACUAUGCAGCUGUCGCACAUGGGGAUCGAACCUGCAACCUUGCCAUUAUCGGCACCACACUCUAUCCAGCUGAGCUCUCCAGGUGCCACUUGUCAGAAUACAAGUGACUGUGCCAAGUGCACUUGGCGUCAAGUGUCGGGGAGGCCUGCUGACUUGAAGUCCCCCUUCUUCAGCAAAUAAAGGCAAGCAGCCGAGGCCUCUGAGUCAGGUGCACUUAUGGAAGAUGGAAUGGGUGCUUCUCAUCGCUGUCGGUGCCUUGCUGUGCAGCAGGUCAGCUCUGAGUGUUCCAGGACCCACCCUUGGCAAACACCUGUGCCAUUCACUGACCGGCGCAUGGCUUUCUUUACUUUGUGCUCCGACACCAAAGCCUUUGGCCCAGCAGAUGGCGGGCAGGGGUCUCUCUCGGCUUUGGAAAGGCAAAAUGGGAAGGCUUCGUAGCCCAGGGCUUGUGGGUUGCCAGGGAUGUUGGGAUGAGUCCAGGAGACGCGGGCAUUUGGCAGGCCCCCAGCUGGCUCCAGCCACCGGCCAGCAGUCGGGCGAACUCCGGUUCCCAGUACAGCAUCACUCAGCGACACAAGCCUCAGAGACGUUUAGAGAAUUGGCACGCUCUGGGGGGCCGCUAGGGGUGCCUUGGAAGAUGGCCGACAAUACCAUCUCUCCAGCUCACACGAGGUAAUUUAGGGGCUGAUGAUGGGAGUAAAUCAGCUUCCCGAAUUCUUCCCAGUGGAAGGGAAGAUGCAGCCUCGUCCGUGGUUGCCCAUCAAUCACCCCCGAUUUCGAAAGAAGGAGGGGGUGAGGGCACUGGACGGAAAGCCCUCAAGUGAGUUCGGAUCUCCCGGACGCUGUUUCUGAGAGCGACUCUAGUUGCAUUACUUAAGAUAAAAAAUUGGAUAUAAAAGUUAUUGCACAUGCUUCAAGCGAAGAAAAGGGUAUGUUAGCUGCUAAUUAAGCCUGCCACUGAGAAGUUAAGAGUGAUGGAAUGGACUGGACAGACGAUAACAUCAAAGAGUAACAUCUAUGCCAGUAUGUUGAAAUGGAACAGAAAGGGGGGGGACUUUUUCUUCUUUUUAUUACGAUAUUACUUAACAACAACACACACACCCCGCCCUAGAAGAACCGUCAUAUGACUUAUAACAAGUGAGAUUCGAAAAUAAACUGUGUGGAAAUAAAAAUAUCAACUAAAGCUUUUGUUUUUUGAAAGAUCUGGAAAGAAAACAAAAGCCUCUCUUGUGACGCAGUUUUUAAUCGGGAUCCGCCAUUAUGAGACAGACUUUGUUGCGAGAUUAAUAGGCACAGGGGAGGCAAGCCACUACUCUGUUAUCAGGUUUGUAUUUUAAGUUCAACUUGGCAAAUUCUUCCCUGGAAAGCCUAAUUUAUGAUGCAACCUGUCUGGGAAAAUUAAUGAGCAAACGCCUAGAUUUUAUUUAUUCGGAACUGAGAAUGAUGGCGUCUGCCGCUCAAGGAGGACUUUUGGAUCAGUGUGUGAGAAUUUAUUGCAAACAAAAGACUUACCAGCUUUAAAAAAAAAGGGAGAGCCUUACAAAGUUCACAUAAUAUUGCUUACUUUAACUCGCCUGUGGAAACAACUCAGAGGCUUUUAAGAAGAAAAAGGAUAACAUCAAGAAGAUUGAAAGAUAGGACUGGUGAACACUAAAAGCAGCAGAAAUAUGAGAUGACUGGACCCUUACUGAACUCGAAGCAUUUUGUUGGAACCCCCAACAAAAAUUUAUAAUUUGGCAAAAUAUUUGAUAUGUAUUGGUAUAAUUUGGAAUAACUAAUGUGAUAUGAUUGGAUUGUUAAAUGGAAAACUUAAUAAAAAAAAUAUUAUUUUUUAAACAAAUAGAGAAUUGGCACGCUCUGAUCAUGAAGCUGAGGCUCCAAGACUUUGGCCGCCUCAUGAGAAGAGAAGACUCCCUGGAAAAGACCCUGAUGUUGGGAAAGAUGGAGGGCACAAGGAGAAGGGGAUGAGAGAGGACGAUAUGGUUGUACAGUGUUCUCGAAGCUACCAGCAUGAGUUGGACCAAACUGCGGGAGGCAGUGGAAGACAGGAGGGCCUGGAGUGCUCUAGUCCAGGGGGUCACGAAGAGGCGGACAUGACUAAACGGUUAAACAACAAUCAGCAGAGUGAGUAACUUCUCACAACGGAAGUGGUGGACAGAGACAUGUGUAAGCAUUAUUUACAGGCGUUUAUUCAGCAUAGUUCAGGAACAAAGGAAAAACAUGUCUGCUUCCCUUCGUGUCCAGCAAAACAGCAAUACAGCAAAAGCAAUAUACAAACGGAAGUUCCCAGCCAGACAGUGCUGGAAGUAAACAGGCAUGUGACACACAACAGUCAUGCCUGUUCCUUUUAAGGUGGAACGGAACUAUAUCCUAACAGAAACAAAGCCUAUUGCCUCGGGUGCAAGGAGACGGUUAUUGCAGUGCAAUGACAAAGGUUAAGAAUAUCAGAAAAGUCCUGCUGGAUCAGGCCAGAGGGAGCCCACCUAGUCCAGCCUACUGUUCUCACAGUGGCCAGGCAGAUGCCCCAAAGCAGGAAACCUGAAAGAAGGAUUCGAGCAUUUUCCAGCAACUGGCUGCCUCUGACUUUGGAGGCAAAGCAGAGCCAUUGAAAGCUUUCUCCUCCAUGAAUUUGUCCUCUUUGAAAGCCAUGCAGGUUGGUGGCCAUCACUCCCUCUUGAGGCAGGGAGUUCCAUAGGUUAUGUGUUGCGUGAAGAAGUCCUUCAAUUUAUCCAUUCUCAAUUUCCCAACAUUCAGCUUCACGAGUUCCCAUGUUAGGAGAGAGGGAGGAAAAACCUCUCUGGGUUGUUAAUCUGACCGAGGAUUGUCGACCUGGACCCUGAGAUCAUCUUCUGAGGCCCUUCUUCAUGUGCCUCUUCCACGAUAGGUCCGGAGGGUGGCAAAAAUGCUCCUCUCCAAUCAGGUCUUUGGCUGGUUGACAUCUGGUGCCCUUUUAUAUAUGUUGGUUUGUCCCUGUUCUUAUUUCUUAUCAUGUAUUUUUGUGUUUUCUAUAUCGUAAUUUUAUGUCGCGAACGGCCCUGAGAUCUACGGGUCUUUGGCGGUAUGCAGAUUUGAUAAAUCAUUAAAUAAUAAUAGCAACUUUAUUUUCUGGCACCGCUCCUGCGGCAGCUGCUGGGGGAAACUGAGCAGGGUUCGCUUGCCUCGCUGCUCUGUUGCCACGUUUAUGCCACACAACUGUUGAAGGUAUAACCAAACCCUCCCGGACAAAAGCACUGGCAAUCCUGAACCGAACAGCUGUGCCAAAAUAGCAGACUGGCAGGAUGAGAGCACGAUGUGCCAGUGACACAACCAUUCCUGCUUUUAACAUCCCUACAAAAAUUGCCUAUUUUAUGUGCCUGUCUGGGAGAGAGCUAAAUGGCGCAUUCAGUAUUGCCAGUCAGCCUGCCGUUGCAAAGCGACCUCUCUGGGGCAGGCUGGCAUUACUCAUGAAUGAUUGGCUCUCCGAAGCAUUUUCUAGGGCACGCUGCUCUGCCAGAGAACAUAGGUUACCCUUGUGGAUUUGUGCUGGCAGGAAACGAGCUGCGUGUUUUUGGGUCUCCGUAAUCUGGAGAGGGCAGCGUUUCUUGGGCUUCCGCGGCCGAUAGACGUAGCUGUUGUUUUGCCUGCUGUCUUGGGGCGAGGAGAUGUGUUCCUCUCGAAUGGCAGGCGAGCAAAAGAGGGAAGGGAACAUCAUCCCUGUAGCUGGGUGAGGCCAAUGGGGGCCCACCCAGCCCAGCAUCCUGUCUCACUCCUGCCAGUCAGAUGCCUCUGGGAAACCCACAAACAGAUUGUGAACACAAAAGCAGACCUCUCCCCUCCUGUGGUUUCCAGUAAGGGGGUUUCAGAAGCACUGCUGCCUCCAACUUUGCAGACAGAGCAGAGCCAUCUUAGUUUGUUGUUGUUGUUGUUGUUGUUGUUGUUUAGUCGUUUAGUCAUGUCUGACUCUACAUGACCCCCUGGACCAGAGCACGCCAGGCACUCCUGUCUUCCACUGCCUCCCGCAGCUUGGUCAAACUCAUCCUGGUAGCUUCUGUUUGUUCUGCUCUAGGGAAGAGAGCAAAUAGAAGGGGAAGAAAUGGAGGCAGUGAGAGAUUUUACUUUCUUGGGCUCCAUGAUCACUGCAGAUGGUGACAGCAGUCACGAAAUUAAAAGACGCCUGCUUCUUGGGAGAAAAGCAAUGACAAACCUAGACAGCAUCUUAAAAAUCAGAGACAUCACCUUGCCGACAAAGGUCCGUAUAGUUCAAGCUCUGGUUUUCCCAGUAAUGAUGUAUGGAAGUGAGAGCUGGACCGUAAAGAAGGCUGAUCGCAGAAGAAUGGAUGCUUUAGACUUAUGGUGCUGGAGGAGACUCUUGAGAGUCCCAUGGACUGCAAGAAGAUCAGACCGAUCCAUUCUUAAGGAAAUCAGCCCUGAGUGCUCACUGGAAGGACAGAUCGUGAAGCUGAGGCUCCAAGACUCUGGCCACCUCGUGAGAAGAGACGACUCCCUGGAAAAGACCCUGAUGUUGGGAGGGCACAAGGAGAAGGGGACGACAGAGGACGAGAUGGUGAGACAGUGUUCUUGAAGCUACGGACAUGAGUUUGACCAAACUGCGGGAGGCAGUGGAAGACAGGAGUGCCUGGCGUGCUCUUGUCCAGGGGGUCAUGAAGAGGUGGACACGACUAAGCGACUAAACAGGGAAGGGAGCACCUUUUGAGUUUAUUUGUGUGAGUCUUCCAAUGCUGGCUUUGACCACAACGCUUCUCCCUGUGGCCCCUGCUGUGAGAAUGACUUCUGGGUGUGAUCUGCCGAUUCGCACUCUGAACCGUCUUGUGCUUCGUGACUGCCCUCUGGUGGCUCAGCGUGGCAGUUCCACCACACUGCGUCCUCGAGCUUUUCUGGAAAAAAUAGGGGCUGGUGGACCCUGGAUGGGCAGAAAGCAUUUAUUAGUGCGCAGUUAUGUGUGCCUAGUGAUCAGCCCCUGUGGGAGGGGCAGCAUUGAUGCUCCAGCGUGGCUUUGCUUCAGCCACCGACUGGUGACGCACAGAUCCUGCACAUAUCACAGAGAAUGGCACAUGGGUUGAAAGUAGGUAGCAAUAUUAUUUUAUAAUUAGGGUGGUGGUUUUGAAUUAUGUGCCCCACCCUUGUGUCCGUUAUUGUUGAAGGGUGAGCUGUAGAUAGUUUUAAUUAAUUACUUAACCCUUUAAACAGGGCCCAUUCGUCCAGGCUCCCUUCCUCGGACACGUUGCCUUAGGAUCGUAAGAAGUUGCUUUAUACCGGGUCUGGCUGUUGGUCCAUCAAGGACACCAGCCAGGAAUACCAGAGCAAAACAGCAGCCAGUAGGCUUGGUCUUUACUGAAGACUGUCGCAACAGGACUCCCACCUGCCACCAGGUGGAACAAGGUGGAAGCCCCGAACAAGAGAGCCCCCAAACUUUUAUUAGCUGCUAAUCCCCAUGUUACAACCCCCCAAACUACAUCACUGAUACAUCACGGUUACAUCAUGAAAGGGGAGGUCUGGUGGCAGGAAUCUGAGCAUCCUGGACCCUGCCCCAUGGUUCCCCUUGCCCUCCACCAAACACCCAUCAAGUGUAACAAAAGAGAUAUUUGCAUUUCCCUGUUUCCCAGCCAAGUUCAUCACACCCUUUUGUCUUCAUCUGGGUUUGUUAUUUCUGGAAUGGCUACCUGCCUGGCAGUCAGGUAUCAGGAUGCCAGGAAUUAUCCCACAGGCAGAGGGGCUGCUGAGUAGCUGAGCUCACAUGUCUAUAGGAAUUUCUGAAGCUUUCCCGGUGAGCCAGUGCAUAAAUACAUUGAUCAGUGAAUUCUUACAUUUGGUAUCGUGCAGCAGAGGCCCUUUGUUUUUUUUUGUUUUUUUUUAACAAACACUCACAAACUUUUUAUUGGUAACAUAUAGAGAGAUAAAUUAAGGAUCUUUACAAUUUUAUAAUAUGCAGAGAAUAACAUGUGUGGAAAAACCAGAGAGGGGAACUGAGUGAAGUCAGGGCGGGGGUGUGGGGGUGUGGAUUUUUCUUUUUUUAAAAAAAAUUAUAUAUAUUUAUUAAAGUUUCAAAAAAUACAUGAAAAUACAGAAUAAAGAAAAAAGUAUAAAGUUUUUAAGAUACAACAAAAAAGUAAAAAAAAAAUAAAGAGAAACAUACAAAAUAAAAAAGUUAAAAACACACAUUAAUUUUCCAUAGCCUAUCUUCCUUACACUUAUUUCCCCGAACUUCCUCAUACCUCCCUUCUUUGUAUUCCAGUUCAGUUUGUUAGAUCAGCAAAUCCUUACCAUUAAACUUUUACCCAAUUGUUAACCUUUUUUUUUUUCAUAUCUCUUAAAGCAUUACAGCUAAAAACCUCUUAGUUUCUAUCCAACAUCCUUCUAAAAUUCCUUAAUUUUGCAAUAUUUCUGUAAAUAGUCUUUAAAUUUCUUCCAGUCUUCUUUCACUGACUCCCUGGUCUCGGAUUCUGCCAGUCAUUUCCGCCAAUUCCAUGUAGUCAAUCACCUUCAUCUGCCAUUCUUCCAAAGUGGGUAGAUCUUGUGUCUUCCAAUACUUUGCAAUGAGUAUUCUUGCUGCUGUUGUGGCGUACAUAAAAAAAGUUCUGUCCUUCUUUGGCACCAGUUGGCCGACAAUGCCCAAAAGAAAGGCCUCUGGUUUCUUCAGAAAGGUAUAUUUAAAUACCUUUUUCAGUUCAUUAUAUAUCAUUUCCCAGAAAGCCCUUUGAAUAGAUAGGAAGAAACUGUGAUGAAGUGUUUUGUGGGGACAAGUCACAAAAGUCACAAAAGCGAUUGUGCUGAUUUUGGUAGUGGGCUGCAUGUGCUUGAUAUCUGCUGGAGGGGCAACCCCCCCCCAACCUAGACAUAAAUUCCUGCAACAGUGCAUGAUCAUUAGAACGGAAUACGUAGUUUUCACUGUGAGGCUGUUUGUUCCCUAAUCGUUCUUUUGGUGAGAGCGACUCAUUCCUUUUCUCCCUAAAGAAAGCUCAACAUUUUAUCUUUUUUUGGGGGGGGGGGGUUGAUUUUUUUUAUUCAAAGUUAUAACAAAACAUAUUAUCCAAAAAACAUAUCCUUAUCCCCCCCCCCAAUUUUUCCUCCCCCACCCCACCCCCCGACUUCCCUCAGUUCCAGUCUUUGGUUUCUCCAAUAAUGCUGUUUUCUGCAUGUUACAAAGUUGUAUAGAUCCUCAAACGAUUUAGCUGAUUAUUGUCAGUAAAAAAAUUGUGAGUGUUUAUUCAAAACCUGCCAAGGAGUCCAGUUCGCUUUGUUGCGUCUUCAGAUACUUUGUGAAAGGUUCCCAUUCAUCCUUAAAGUCCUUGUCCCGUAGCUUAUAUGUCAAUUUUGCCAGUUCUGCAUAGUACAUCAAUUUUUCUUGCCAUGAUUCUUAAGUUGGGGUUUCUUCAGUCUUCCAUCCCUGUGCUAUUAGAACUCUCACGACCGUUGUCGCAUACAUGAAGAUGUUUUUCACCUUUUUGGGAAGGUCUUUCCCUACAAUCCCUAACAAAAAUGCUUCAGGUUUUUAAACAAAUGUUAAAUGGAACAUUUUCUUCAAUUCGUUGUAUAUCCUUUUCCAAAAUUUUUAAAUUACAUUACAAUCCCACCACAUAUGAUAAAAUGUCCCCUCCUUUUCCUUACACUUCCAACAUAUGAACUAGUUUUGUACAUUUCCCCUAACUGCACUGGUGUCGUGUACCAUCUGUACAUCAUCUUCAUGUAAUUCUCCUUCAACAGGGAACAAUCUGUAAAUUUUAAAUGUUUUCCAUAACUUUUUCUAAUCUUUCUUCCAUCAUAAUGUUAUGACCUACAUCUUGUGCCCAUUUAAUCAGAACUGAUUUUACCUCUUCAUCUUUCAUCUCCCCGCUGUGAGGCUGUUCCCUUAUUGACUUAUUCCUUUUUCCCCUAAAGAAAGCUCAACAUUUCCAGUCAAACUUGCAAAAAUUUACCACCUGUCUGAUAACAAGUGUUGGAAAUGUAAAGAGUGUGAAGGAACGUUCUUUCACCUCUGGUGGACCUGCCCUAAAGUGAAGGCGUUCUGGGAAAUGAUUUAUAAUGAACUGAAAAAGGUAUUUAAAUAUACCUUCACUAAGAAACCAGAGGCUUUCCUUCUGGGUAUUGUCAGCCAAGGGGUGGCAAAGAAGGACCAAACAUUUUUUAUGUAUGCAACAACAGCAGCAAGGAUACUACUCGCAAAACAUUGGAAAACUCAAGAUCUACCCACACUGGAAGAAUGGCAGAUGCAACUGAUAGACUAUAUGCAACUGGCUGAAAUGACUGGCAGAAUCCGUGACCUGGGAGAAGAGAGAAUCGAGGAGGAUUGGAAGAAAUUUAAGAACUACCUGCAAAAACAUUGUGAUUUGAUUGAAUGCUGAAUAAGAUGCUUGUCUAAAUAACUGAGCACCACUUAACUUAGAAGUUUUUAAGAAAAUAAGAAAAAUUGUGAAAGUUUAACUCUUUAUGAGAACUAUAAGAUCAUGAAAUAUCGAAGAGACAUAAGAAUUUAAAUAAGAUGAUAAAUUGCUGACAAAAUGUUAUAAUGAUGAAGGUGGGAGCGGGAGAUGUGAGGAAGUCCAAAGAAAAUGUGAAAUUAUGUUAAGACAAAUGUUAUAUUGUUUGUUACAUUUAUUUCUAUUGUAAAAUCCAAUAAAUUGCUUUAAAAAAAAAAAGAAAGCUCAACAUUUUACACAAAAAGAGCUCAACAACUUUGACCUGAUCACUGCCAGUUUCUUUUUCCAUGAGUAGAUCGCAGUGUCUCGGGAGUUGGACGUCUCUGCCCUACAGAAAUCUGGAGUGGAGUCCCUAAGGCGGUUGGAUGGUGCCUUGUACUCCUCCUUCCGGCAAUUCCUUCAGCCAAGCUGGUGCCAAAUGUCUUGCUCGGCUUUCCUUUGGAACACAUCAGCCAGGCUGAGGGAAGGGGGGUCUUGCCAUCUGGGCAGCCCAGGAUCUCCAUGCACGCUGCCCAGGUUUGCGCCCCUGGGGAAGUCACUUUGGUGCUGCAACUGCAGCAAAAACAACAUGGGAGACAGCAGCUGCGAGUUAACGUUCUCUGCAGCCACAGCAGGUGCUGUGAUCCUCUAGCAGUUUAACUCCUGGCAUCACACUCUGUUGUUUCUCGAGGCAGAUGGACGGGGUAUAAAUAAUAAAAUUAUUAUUAUUAUUAUUAACAAAAUAUCCCAGCUAUGCUCUGCAACCUCUCCACUGGCCAGAUUCCACUGAGAGUCUGUCUGCAGGGAAUAUCUUAACUUGUGUCCUUGCACUCUCCUUUCUACCGCCCACAGAGGCAAAUGCUGACCCUUUUUCUCCACUCUUUUUCUCUAAAAACGGAAAAAAAAGCCUCCUCUGAGCCAGAAGCAUUCAUGCACAAAGCAGGUUCUGAAAAGCAAUUUUCAGGAAAGCAAAACAGAUCAGAAAGGCAGCCCCAAACAGUUGUGGCUGUAGGUUUGGAUCUAUAAGACAAGAAAUUGGAAUUAAAGGGGCCUGUCUGUGCCCCUUUAAUUCCAUCUGGAAGACACGGUCAGAGUUGGGAAGAGGCAAGACGUGCGGAUCAAUAGCAGACGAGCGAAGCAAAGGAAAAGGUAGAAGGUGUUUGUUUUUCUCUGGCUGGUGAAAUGUGAGCUGAUCUUAGGAAAUUCGGCUUGUCUGUUUUGGUUAUUGGAUUGCGUUUGUAUUUUGCUUCUUGUUUGGCAAACAGGAAAGAGGGAGAAAUUCGGCCCAGUUCACAUUUUAACGUGAUCCUACCUGUUCCACGCUUUCCAAGACAAGACAAGCCCCCAAGAUACAGCCAUCCUUUGACAUUUCCACUCUCCCAAUUUUGCAGGGCAGUUCUCCAGCCAAGAUAAUUAAAUUAUUUUUAUUUUUAUUUAUUUAUUUAUUUAUACCCCACCCAUCUGGCUGGGCUUCCCCAGCCACUCUGGGCGGCUUCCAACAAAACACUAAAAUACAAUAAUCUAUUAAACAUUAAAAGCUUCCCUAAACAGGGCUGCCUUUAGAAGUCUUCUAAAAGUCAGGUAGCUGUUUAUUUCCCUGACAUCUGGUGGGAGGAUGUUUCACAGGGCGGGUGCCACCACCAAGAAGGCCCUCUGCCUGGUUCCCUGUAACUUGGCUUGUCUCAGCGAGGGAACCACCAGAAGGCCCUUGGAGAUGGACCCAGGUGUCCGGGCAGAACGAUGGGGUUGGAGAUGCUCCUUCAGAUAUACUGGACCGAGGCCAUUUAGGGCUUUAAAGGUCAGCACCAACACCUUAAAUUGUGCUCAGAAACAUACUGGGAGCCAAUGUAGAUCUCUCAGGACCGGUGUUAUGUGGUCUCGGCAGCCACUCCCAGUCCCCAGUCUAGCUGCCGCAUUCUGGUCUAGUUGUAGUUUCCGGGUCACCUUCAAAGGUAGCCCCACGGAGAGCGCAUUGCAGUAGUCCAAGCAGGAGAUAACCAGAGCAUGCACAGAAGCAUAUUCGGGGAACGUUCCCCCCCAUAAAGAUGUGUAUAUAUUCACAACAAUAACAUACAAUAAUGCAUUUUAUUUGGAGAGAUCGCUUGCCUAGUGUGCAGAUUUACUCCGAAAGACUUGCAUGUAAUGAGAAAUGCAGGCUUAAAUGAUGGCAGAUGCUUGUGAAUACUUUUAAAGAUAAUCGCAAACUGUGGCGGCAGUGUGAAGAGGUGAAUUUUAGAUGGAAUGAGAAAACGAAACGGAAGUUUGCAGACUUACCCAUCUGCAGCUUGAGCCCAUUAGCCUGAUAACCCAUUUUGAAUCCAGUUGCACAUUGUGUGGCCCCUAGCCUUAGUUUUUAGUGCCCUGAUGUUUAGGGAGCUCCAACUGGGGUCUUUCUUUCUUUCUUUCUUUCUUUCUUUUCUUUUUUUCAGAGCAUACAAGAUUUAUUUCAGGUAUUUACGUCCUGCUUUUCAAUUUGAGAAUGAGAACUUCCGUGGCACGUUUUGUUUUCUCCCCAUAGAAACUGUUCUUUAUUAGUAUUUCUUUGCAUUUAUACCCCCAAGGGAACUCAGGGCAGCUUUAGGCAAUCCUUCCUCAAUAAACCUUUUCCAAGUUAUGAAUCAAAACACUAUGAAAAUGUUUUUUGCAGACUCUGCUAAUCUCUAGCAAAGAGGCAUCCUAAACUACUACUACCAUAUUAAAAGGGGCAUGCUGUCAAUAGAAAGGUUGAUUUAUUUACUUCGUUGGAAAAAUCAUAGAAUCAUAGAAUCAUAGAGUUGGAAGAGACCACAAGGGCCAUCGAGUCCAACCCCCUGCCAAGCAGGAAACACCAUCAGAGCACUCCUGACAUAUGGUUGUCAAGCCUCUGCUUAAAGACCUCCAAAGAAGGAGACUCCACCACACUCCUUGGCAGCAAAUUCCACUGUCGAACAGCUCUUACUGUCAGGAAGUUCUUCCUAAUGUUUAGGUGGAAUCUUCUUUCUUGUACUUUGGAUCCAUUGCUCCGUGUCCGCUUCUCUGGAGCAGCAGAAAACAACCUUUCUCCCUCCUCUAUGUGACAUCCUUUUAUAUAUUGGAACAUGGCUAUCAUAUCACCCCUUAACCUCCUCUUCUCCAGGCUAAACAUGCCCAGCUCCCUUAGCCGUUCCUCAUAAGGCAUCGUUUCCAGGCCUUUGACCAUUUUGGUUGCCCUCCUCUGGACACGUUCCAGUUUGUCAGUGUCCUUCUUGAACUGUGGUGCCCAGAACUGGACACAUAAGAAAUCAUAGUUUUCUUAUGGGGAUGUUGACUGUUUCCCCCGCCCCAACCCAAUCGUGUGUGUGUGUGUGUGUGUGUGUGUGUGUGUGUGUGUUGGUCUUUCUUAACAUGAUUGAUAUAGCUUUGCAAAAACUAAAAAUCCAAGGCUGGAAUGAAUAUUCCACCAUAACCUCCAGGGGUGCAGAUGAAGUUCCUCUCUGGGAUUCCCAUUGUUAUAAGAAAAAACUGCUCCUUUUCCCCUUAUGGGGUACCCAAGAGCCCACAUGGAGUCCUUUUUUAGGUUCCCUAUCGGAAGGAGAAAAAAACAGAGGCCAACCAGCAGGGGCGUCUUAUCCAUAGCGGCUAGUGGUGCAGGGCGCCAAGUCCUGGAGGGCACCAGGAAAGAGGCUGAGGCUGGACGCAGCGCCUCCCAGCAUCCGCUCACUGCCCUCGCCCACCUCCGCCAUGCUGCACCAAAGCAGCGUCACACCCAGAGCCUCCGUCUACCGUUGCCAACACGACACAAAGCGGCCAGCUGAGCCGGGAGGCGCCACGUCCAGCCUCCACCUCUUCUCCGCUGGAGGAGCCGCCCUCCAGCCACUGCACGCCUCCUCCAGCCCCGCCGGCAGCACUGUCCUCCCUAAAAAAACCUCUGGGAAACGGGGGGGGGGGGGGGAAGCAGAGAGAACUUUGCACCAUGGUGCCGGAGAGGGUAACAACGUUCAGAUUUUUGGGCAUUGAAUUACAAGAGGAUCUGUCCUGGAGUGUCAACACAAGGGGGCUUGUGAAGAAGGCGCAGCAGAGACUUUACUUUUGAGAAUACUAAGGAAAAACCAUCUUCCGCAGAAACUGCUGCUUGCCUUCUAUCACUGUGCCAUUGAGAGCGUGCUCACUUAUGGCUUAUGUGUGUGGUACGGAAGCUGUACUACCCAGGACAGGAUGGGGUUGUGCAGGGUUGUUAAGGCAGCAGAGAGCAUUGUUGGCUGCCCACUCUCCACCUUAGAGCAGAUUUAUGCCACAAGGUGCCAUAGGAAGGCACUGGACAUAGUAAAAGAUCCAUCGCAUCCUGGUCACUGUCUCUUCGAGCUCUUGCCGUCGGGACGGGAGAUACAGGACGAUGAAGACAAGAACGAGCCGUCUUAAGAACAGCUUCUUCUCCAGAGCGAUCUCGGCCCUGAAUGGGAAGCCCGGACUUUGAAAGUCAUCUAAUCUCCCUUGCUGUAUUAUACUGUAUUGUUUAAUUAGUGUUUUUAUGGAGCAGUCAAGUAAUUUCGUUGUCCCCGAAGGGGGCAAUGACAAUAAAGAUAUUAUUAUUAUUCUUAUUAUUCUUAUUAUUAUUAUUAUUAUAUGCUUAAGACGGCCAUGCCAACCAGAGUAUAUUGAGAAGCAAAGCGGCUAGUAAGCCUGAUCUUUAUUAAACUGUUGCAACAGGGUCCUCACUCACCACACGCAGGAGGGAGGAGGAACCCAGAACAAUGGUGCGCAAGCCCUUAUAUAGACUAUUGAAAUUGCCUCCCCUGUAGUUCAAGACUGCCCCCAAAAACAUCAUACAUACAUCACAGAAGGAGGCGGUCUACAGCAGAAAUUUGAGUGUCUUCUGUCUUUUUUUUUUUUAAAUCAUAUUUAUUGAAGUUUCCAAAAAUAUAAAAGUACAAAGAAAAAAGGUAAAAGAAAGAAGAUAUUUAAAAACCUUACUUUCAUUCCCUACUUUCUGGAACUCCCCCCCCCCCGGUUGUAUUCCCCUUUCCUUAAUUUGGUUCUACAAGCUCUCACUCCCAAAUUUAAAGCUUAAUUUGUUUAACCCACUAUCCAAUUUGAAUUGUACAAAUCUUACCACCGUCCCACAUCAUUAACAGAAAAGAAAAAAGAUUUUCCCCAAGAUCCACCCCAGUUCCUUCCACAAAUUCCCUUUUUUUUAAACACGUCCGAUCAAAGUAAAAUAACAUGCGUAAGUUAUGUAAAGAAAUAGAAAAUAAAAGAUAUAGAAAAGUUCAAAAAAUGGUUACACAGCCUUUGGAUUUCAAAUCUCGCCACCCCCCUUCCCGGUUUGAAUUCCCCAUGUCCAUCAGUCUAUACAUUAUCAGCUUGGAAAUCUCAUUUCAUGACCAGAUUUCUCCCGAUUCCAUCUUGCCGGUUUUCUUUUAGUUUAUUAAUUUAAAUAAUAUUUGACUUCAAAUGUCCAAUCUAACAAAGGCCUUUAAUUUCCUUGAUCUUUACCACUCCUCCCGUUGUUCUUUCCGUGUCGUAAUCAGUCCUUUAUUCUUCUUAUUCCUCACUUUCUCAGGUUUCUUGUCCUGUUCAGCUGCUAAAACUUUCUAAUUCAGAAAUCUAGUGUCUCUGCAGAGGUUUGUUAUUCAGGAACAAAAACUUACGUCCAGUCCCUUUCUUUCUUCAAUAAAAAUUCCAUUGUCUUCCUCUGUAGACAAAAUACUCUUUCAGUUUUGCAGCUUUCCCAGAAGAUAACAAAUCCUGUGCGAAUCCCAGGGUAUUUUUCCACUUACGACCGUUCUUGUAGUAUCCUGAAACCCCUCUAGGGGGAUUGUAAUAACUUUGUAUCCUCUAAUCCAAAAGUCAAAUUGUUGCUUAUUUUCCAACAGUUUAUAUCCAUAUUAUAGCAAAUUGUAGCAAAAUUUACCAGCAAAGUCCUCAUAAAGUCCUCUUUAUAUUCUCCAGCUUUGACAGCCACUUUGACAGCUGUCAAAGUCUCCGUCUCUCUUCACCAGGCUCCACGAAUCGCCCCGGUUCCCAGGGGGGUUGCAUUUUCUUCUCAUCCUCCACUCUUCUCCUCCAGCACAUUUCUUAUAAUUUCCCAUCGUGAAAUUAAUGAUUUUUAUCAGAAACAUACUUCCCUUUGGACCUUGGUUACCCAGUCCUUGUUUUGGAAUGCUUACAAUAGGGGGAUUGACUUCCUUUUAAAUCGCCCCGCUCGUGCCAAAUCCAAAAUCCAAAAUUUUAAACCCGGUUUCCCAAUUACUCACGGGUUGUUGUUAAAAGUCCAAAUUUUCAAUAGAAGAAGUCAGCGCUCUCCGUCGAAUGGCAUGCGGCUGCGCUCGGCAGGGAAAGCAGUGGACUCAAAGCACCACGCCACUCCCGGCACCCGAUCCGAAGCCUUUAAAAGGCUCCUUCACGAGUCGGGAGGGCGCUAAUGGUGCAAGCCGAGUCACCCAUGUCCACGGACUCCGUGCCCGUGGUUUUUAAGGGUCCCCGCGUCGCCGGCGCGGUAGGACCCAGCCCCUGCCGAGCAGACUCCCUCCGGAGCUCGGAGGGAGUCCGCCAUUCGGCGAUGGCGCUAACCCGGAAGCUCUUUGAGUGUCUUCUGUCUGCCAGGAUACCUGAUAUUGCCUUACAGUGGUACCUCAGGUUACAUACGCUUCAGGUUACAUAUGCUUCAGGUUACAGACUCCGCUAACCCAGAAAUAGUACCUCGGGUUAAGAAUUUUACCUCAGGAUGAGAACAGAAAUAGUGCUCCGGUGGUGUGGCGGCAGCGGGAGGCCCCAUUAGCUAAAGUGGUACCUCAGGUUAAGAACCGUUUCAGGUUAAGAACGGACCUCCAGAACAAAUUAAGUUCUUAACCCGAGGUACCACUGUACUUGGUUGCCUUUUCUGGGUAGCCUGGCCAUUCCUUUGAGAUGCUAAAUACUUCCUGAAUCUCUAUCUGACGUUCAGAAGACAUCUGAAGGCAGCCCUGUUUAGGGAAGUUUUUAAUGUCUGAUGUUUUAAUGUGUUUUUAAGAGUGGCUGGGGAAACCCAGCCAGAUGGAUGGGGUAUUUAUUAUUAUUAUUUGUAGUAGUAGUAUUAUAUCUCUUACGCAUAUUGAUAGUGUGCUCAGCUGAACAGAUACUUGCCAGACUGUAUUAACAGGGAGGUGUAAGCAGCCCCUACAGUCCAAAGACAAUUGGAAAGCUUUCCCCAUUUCCUCCUCCUUGCAGAGAAAUAUUUGCGGUCAAUUUGGGAGAGUCAAAAUGGCUUCAGGAUUGUUCUCCUGUAUCAGACAUGUGGUUUAUAUACUUAUGUAUGUGUUUGCCUUGCACAUCUAUGAACAUUCAUUUUAUAUACAUAAGACCUUAGAAUUCCUAUAACAGCAUCAUCAGACUUGAUUAUUGUAACUCGCUCUACGUGGGGCUGCCCUUGAGGCUGACCCAGAAACUCCAGCGGGUGCAGAAUGCCAUGGCAAGGCUCCUUACGGGGUCCUCGCUGCGGAAUCACAUUCACCGGGUGCUCUACCAGCUCCACUGGCUCCCGGUGGAGUACAGGAUCCGGUUCAGGGUGCUUGUUUUAACCUUUAAAGCCCCAUGAGGCCUAGGCCCCUCGUACCUACAGGACCGCCUCUCCUGGAAUGUCCCACGGAGGACCUUACAGUCUUCAAAUAAAAACAUCUUGGAGGUCCCAGGCCACAGGACGGUUAGGCUGGCCUCAACCAGAGCCAGGGCUUUUUCAGCUGUGGCCCCGACUUGGUGGAACGCUCUGUCACAAGAGACUAGGGCCCUGCGGGACUUGACAUCUUUCCGCAGGGCCUGCAAGACAGAGCUGUUCCACCAGGCCUUUGGCCAAGGCACAGUCUGACCCCCUCCUUCUGUAAUCCUCAUCGAACGUUAGCCCAAUGGUUGCCAUUAAUUUAAUUUUGAAUUGAUUUUAAAAUGAAUUGAUUUUAGAAUGCUGUGUUACUUUUAUUGUUGUUAGCCUCUCUGAGCCCGGCUUCGGCUGGGGAGGGCGGGAUAAAAAUAAUUUAUUAUUAUUAUUAUUAUUAUUAUUAUUAUUAUUAUUAAUCAUUAUUAUUAUCCCUUCUGCAUUCAACUCUCAGCCAUCAGCCAUGUAACCGAUUUCUCCCAUUGUGUGCUUGUUGUCCCCUUGACCUCCAGCCCGCCGCUGAGCGCCAAAACAUUGUGGCACCUCCAUCGCGUGUCUCCGGAGAACCUGCGGACAUACCAGACUUUCCCCUCGGGGAAGAGGGUGACCUCGCAAGAGAGAGAAGUCCGAGACAGCUAUUUUGAAUACAGGGCCUGAGCAGAGACCGCCACGGCGCUGUUGUCAGCUUUUGUCGGGACGGACGUCAGAGCCGGGCAACAGGAGAUCACAAGAGCUGGGUUUUCUCUUCCAGUCCUGCCAUAUCAUGUUGCCCCAGGAAGACCUGGGGGAAGUUGCAUCCCAUAAAAAAUGAACUUCUGGGGCAUAGCCCAGUGAUUAAAUUCCCCCACCCAUCAUCUCUCAGACACACUAUGCGAUCCUCAAUUUUUGUACGGUCUGCUGUGUUGUUUGCAUUGCACACAAUCCCAGACACGGCAAAUAGCCAAAUGGCGAGAUUGACUACCAGAAGAUGCCAG